CUCCCCACCCCUGGUCAAUCUAACACUCGACCACGUUCCCCAAGAACGAGACGCAUUCGCGUGGCCGACGACCUUGUCUCAGUCGUCGAUUCGUAGCCGGCGUAUCGAGGUUGCCGUUGAGAAAACCAAAGAGUAGAAACGUGGUUGAAGGCUCGAAACUUAGAGCUAAAAGGGGUUAAAGUGCGAGUGCAAAAAGUUCGCUGAGUAGUGAUAUCGGGCUCGGUACCGGUGUUUGGUGGAUUGUCGGUGAUGCUCGGCCGGUGGCGAGCAUGCAGCUCGGCCGGUGGUAGAUUGCUGAGGCUGGGGCGCUCGUCGUCGUCGUCGUAGCGUCGAGAGGAUGCUACCAGGAGAGGUGCGAAAACGCGGAGCUGGAGCACUGCUCGCGGCUAUCCUCCUGGGCGCACUUACCGGUCCAACUCUGACUUGCGGUCCUGGACGAGGUGGGGGUCGCCGACCGAUAUUGCGCAAGCUUACUCCCCUCGUCUUCAAACAGCACGUGCCCAACGUCAGUGAAAACACCCUACCAGCAAGUGGACUAAGCGAAGGGCGAGUAUCGAGAAACGAUAAGCGCUUUCGGGACCUGGUACCGAACUACAAUACUGACAUCGUGUUCAAGGACGAAGAGGGCACCGGUGCUGAUCGGCUAAUGACACAGAGAUGUAAGGAAAAGCUGAACACACUUGCCAUUUCGGUAAUGAACCAAUGGCCAGGAGUGAAACUACGGGUGACGGAAGGUUGGGAUGAGGAAGGCAAACAUGCUACAGACUCAUUGCACUACGAGGGUCGAGCCGUCGAUGUAACAACGAGUGACCGUGACCGAGCUAAGUACGGGAUGCUCGCGAGACUGGCCGUCGAGGCAGGCUUCGACUGGGUUUAUUACGAAUCUAGAUCUCAUAUACAUUGUUCCGUGAAAUCAGAAUCAUCAUCGACUGGCAAGUCAGGUGGUUGCUUCCCUGGAGCGAGUUUGGUACGCACCUCGAAUGGUGUAACUCGAAGACUGGAUCAGUUGACACUAGGCGAGCGAAUCGCUGCUCUGGACGAGUCGAGCGGUGAGCUCGUAUACAGCGAAGUGAUCGCGUUCAUCGAUCGGGCGCCUACUCAGAAGCGUCAGUUUAUUCGAUUAAACACAAAGUCUGGGCAUACACUCACAUUGACACCAACACAUUUGAUACCGAUCGAAGGUAAAUCGGCUGUGUUCGCGGCGCGUGUUUCACCGGGUGAUCGAGUUCUCAUCAGGCACGAGAUAGCCACAUCUAUGCGACAACGAACUUCAUUUAGGUGGGAUGAGAUUUUGGAAGUUAAACUUGUGUUUGAAGAGGGUGUUUACGCACCUCUCACGUCCGAGGGUACGCUUCUGGUUAAUGACGUUGUGGCUUCGUGCUAUGCGAUUGUUGAUAGUCAGAGCAUAGCACACUAUGCCUUCCUGCCGUUUAGACUUUGGAGAAAUAUAAGAUCCAGUUUAAGGAAGUUCAUCCUGAUUUUGAACAAUCUGGGCUCGAGUUGGAACAUUCUUGCGAGGACAGCCACGGGGACAUCGGCAACUGUACUAAGGAACUAUGAGGAAAGAAGUGAAGGUAUCCACUGGUAUGCAUCACUGCUCUAUAGGAUUUCGUCCUACAUGCUGCCCAAGAAUAUGCUAUAUGACUGAAGUGCAACUCAUUCACCACCAAUUGUUAAUUCAUAAUUAAUACUAAAUAGGAUCGAUGCAUUAUUACUUUGUUUCUCUAUCCAUUUUACCACUUUAUCCUAUUAGUAACUCGAAGCUCAUUUAUUGCUCUUUUUUUACCACUUAAUGGAACUCAAAUUUUUGGCCAGUACUUUUACUUGGAGCUUUGUUCUUAACUUUUCCCCUUGUUUUUCCAUUUUCUUUGAUCCUGACAUAUACGUCAACACAUAGCCAUCAAUCUUUUUUUCUUUUAGUAAUUAAGUGGCGAUAGAACUGUACAAUAUUUAUUGUAGAUGUAUAGGACAAGUUAGCGAAUGGAAAAGACUACGCUAGCGACAGAUUGAGGAGUUUUCAACUGCUAUAUCGUACACUUGUUACAGAUUUGAAAUAUUUAUUUAUCAAAUUUUAAUAUUGUAUAGUAAGUUUCAUUGUGUACGAAAUUAUUUAGCAGUAUAAUGAAAUAAAAUAUAAUAGACAUAACUACGGGAUGAAUGAAGAGAACUGCUUAUCAAUUAGGUUUCAGUUUUAUUAGUUUUAA